UCAAAACCUUAGUCUCUCUCUUCCGCUGUUUAGAAAACAGGGCCAAAAUCGAGGAUGGACGCCGGCAAUGGAACUCCGGUGAACGCUACUUUCUGCGUGACUGGCUCUACCGGCUACAUCGGCUCCUGGCUCGUUUGUUCUCUCCUCCGGCGAGGCUUCACCGUUCAUGCAACAGCUAGAGACACCGGCAAGGCGUCCUAUCUUCUAUCACUCCCGAACGCUUCUAACCGGCUAAAGAUCUUCAAAUCGGACCUCAGCGAGGAAGGGAGUUUCGAUGAGGCCGUGAAGGGCUGCGUUGGUGUGUUCCACGUUGCUGCAUCUAUGGAGCUCAGCGUAGAGCAUGAAGAAGCCAUUGAUGCGAUGAUGGAGACAGCAGUGAAGGGGACAGUCAAUGUCCUACAAGCUUGUUUAAGAUCCAAGUCUGUGAAGAAAGUUCUUUUCACUUCUUCUAUCAGCACAAUCUCAGCAAGAGAAGAGGGAAGGGGAUGGAGAUCUGUAGUUGAUGAAUCAUCUGUUAACCCUAUUGAUUUAGUUCUGAAUACUAAGCCUUGUGGAUGGGUCUAUGUUGUAUCAAAAAUUAUGACAGAGGAGAAGGCAUUUCAAUUUGCUAAGGAAAAUGGUAUUAAUUUGGUGUCCAUCAUCCCGCCUACAGUGGCUGGUCCAUUCCUAACUCCCUCUGUGCCUGUCAGUAUCAAAGUUCUAUUAUCCCCUCUCACAGGUGAUCCAUAUCUCUAUCCAGUAUUAAUAACAGUGCACUCCAGAUUGGGAUCAGUCCCAUUAGUCCAUAUUGAAGACUUGUGCAACGCACAGAUAUUCCUCAUGGAGAAGGACUCAGCUGAAGGCCGUUACAUCUGUUCUGCCGGCAGCUCCACAUUGCCUCAACUGGAAGAACUUUUAUCUGAGCAUUACUCAUCUUUCAGCUGUAAAAGGUACACAAAGGAAUCACAUGAUGGAGCUGCAUCAAUAAUUUCCUCUAAGAAGCUAACAGACUUGGGUUUUGAGUUCAAGCAUGGCAUCAAAGGUAUUGUUGAGCAGAGUAUUGCUUCUUCUACUGAGGUUGGUUAUUUAUAACUUUCCAGCUUAACAAAAUAUUUUUCUCUGCUUCUUCUUGCUAUGGAUGAUCAGUGCCGCAUCAACUUAGCAACCUCCAUUAACUUAUUCUAUAUAAAUAAAUUUCCUAUUCCUAAGUUUGAUCUCACAUUCAUUGGUAAUGCACUUUUAUUUCAGAUUAUGUUAAAGAUGAGGAAUUGGAUGAGAAGUAGAAAUUAUUUUUAUUAAAAAUGUGGAUGCAAACUAAGAUCGUGUUUGGUAGCAUCCUAUUAAUUGGAUUUAGCGAUGGAUUUAACUUAAAUCCCGCCAAACA